AUGGCCUCCACAACGGCCCCAGUCGUCCCUACGGACUCUCGCAAGAUCGUAAUCAAGGGUCUAGAGAAGGCCCAAGAUACCGGACAGGUCGACCAGAGAGGAGAUGGAGAUGAGUACCUGGAGACACCAACGUUCUCCAUGAUCAUGCACGAAGAGGAGCCGUUGAGUGAGCUUUGGAAUCUGGUUGAAAAUUUGGGCUUCCGUAAGCCUGCUCUUGUAACGAUAGACGACAUAAGCCAUCGCGAAAAUGACCCCAGACGUAUCGUCAGCACCCACGACGAAGUCGUCGUAGUCGCGGACGACCAGACGUCCACCAACAACACAAUCAGAAUGACAGAGUCACUAGUCUCGCAUGCCAACGCUCACCACGGCCAUACAAUUGACUUCAACAUUACUCCGACGCUCUCUUCAAAACGCGCGGUCGAAGUCAGUGGAGGGUUUUACCUAUCCUUGGAGCGGACUCCGAGGAUGCCCGACGAUAACAAGCUGCAUCAACUACCAGAAUCACUGGAAAGUUACGACUUGUUCAGCGUAGACGCGUAUUCGGACCGUUUACCAGGCAGCAUCAAAGACCGCGGCGGGGUGUUCUUUCCCAUGUGGCAGCGGGAGGCAAUGUGGAUCAGCUUUACGCCGACAAAACACAAGUGUGCCGUCCGCGUCUUCAUGGGCCAUGUCAACACUGUUUCCGGUCUCACAAUGGAAGAAACAGCUCACCAGAAAAAUGAAGGGGUUGAACAGGACUACAUCGUCAUACCAGGUCAGCGGUGGCUGGAUGGUAUCUGUGUAGCACCUGGUGUUGUUCGUCAGUUUGUCGCUAUGCCACUCGGCUCCGGCUACACUGUCGAAGGACAGAAAACUUCAAGGGAGGAGCACGGAGGACUUCAACUCGAAAUUACACCCGAAUCCCUCCCCAACCUGCGUUUGUGGUCAGAGAGCAAAAAUGAAUACAUUCUAACACAAGGUCCCGGUCCUCGUGUUAAUCUCUCGGAGAAGAAGACCCCUGAAGAGCUGGGGUGUAAGCCGGUCUGUAGGGAUAUUGAGAUGAAGGAUGGCGGGGACGAAGAUGAUGCAUACCUCGCCCCAGAAACUAGAGUCAUGGAAACGAAAAACAUCAAAGCCAUGGGUCUGGCUGCAGGCGGAAAGCUGACUCCACCAAAUACCGACGUGAAGGCUUACACCGAGGCUGGAGGCCAAUAUUUCGUCGUCGAGGAGAAGGUAGACGAACGCCUUGAUGGCGGUGAUUUCGACAACGUAAAGAGCGUCAGCCAAAUGGAUCAACACAUCGGCAUCAGCACUGAACCAGAGUUCGACCCAACGAAACCGAAGAUGUGUACGACGUGCGAACUACGACUGUGUGAUUGCAUCGUCCGUCCCUGCGACCACCAAUUCUGCAACAUCUGCAUUAGGCGCAUCGAGCAGAGCACCGACGAAGAUGGCGACUCAGGCCGUAGCAACUGGAAGUGUCCGACAUGCGAUAGUGCUGUUUCGCACGUAGCAGGCUUUUCAGCGCCGAUGAAUCUUCCAGGCGAAGAGCCGCUGCGCGUCAAGGUACCAGUCAAUGUGCUCAAAAUUGAGGAUGGGAGGGUGAGAUUUACGAGUGUGCAGAGGAGUAGGGUUUAG